AUGAUUACGUGGCACGAUUUGUACACCGUUCUCACCGCCGUGGUGCCGCUUUACGUCGCCAUGAUUCUCGCUUUCGGAUCCGUCCGUUGGUGGAAGAUUUUCUCACCGGAUCAAUGCUCCGGCAUCAACCGAUUCGUCGCUAUUUUCGCCGUCCCUCUCCUCUCUUUCCACUUCAUCUCCACCAACGAUCCUUACGCCAUGAAUCUCCGUUUCAUCGCCGCCGAUACGCUUCAGAAAAUCAUCAUGCUCGUUUUGCUCGGUUUAUGGUCGAAUCUGACUAAAUCCGGAAGUUUAGAGUGGAUGAUAACAAUCUUCUCUCUAAGCACACUCCCAAACACUCUAGUCAUGGGAAUCCCUUUGUUAAUCGCUAUGUACGGACCUUACGCCGGAUCUCUAAUGGUUCAGGUCGUUGUUCUUCAGUGUAUCAUCUGGUAUACUCUGCUUCUCUUCCUCUUCGAGUACCGUGGUGCGAAGCUUCUGAUUAUGGAGCAAUUCCCGGAGACAGGAGCUUCGAUUGUUUCGUUCAAAGUCGAUUCCGACGUCGUUUCGCUAGACGGUCAUGAUUUUUUAGAGACGGAUGCUGAAAUCGGAAACGACGGGAAGCUUCAUGUGACGGUUAGGAAAUCGAACGCUUCGAGGAGGUCGUCGAUGAUGACGCCGAGACCUUCGAAUCUGACUGGAGCUGAGAUCUAUAGCUUAAACUCGACUCCGAGAGGUUCCAAUUUCAAUCAUUCUGAUUUUUACUCGGUGAUGGGGUUUCCUGGUGGGAGAUUGUCUAAUUUCGGUCCGGCGGAUCUGUAUUCCGUUCAAUCUUCCCGUGGUCCGACUCCACGGCCGUCGAAUUUUGAAGAGAACCGGUACGGGUUUUACCCGAACAGUACUGCUCCAGCACCACCAGCAACAGCCGGGUCGUACCCGGCUCCGAACCCGGAGUUUUCUUCUGGUACGGCUAAACCGAAUAAAAUCACUGAAGAAAACCAAAAUCUGGAGAAUAAAGGAAGCCAUGACUCUAAGGAGCUUCACAUGUUUGUUUGGAGCUCCAGCAAUUCGCCGGUUUCCGACGUGUUCGGCGGCGGUACCGGAGGUGAACACGUGGCGACGGAGCAAUCUGAACAAGGAGCAAAGGAAAUACGGAUGGUUGUCUCUGAUCAACCUCGAAAGAGUGAUGCUAGAGGUGGUGGUGAUGAUAUUGAAGAUGGAGAAGGUGAAAGAGAGAUAGAGAAAGCUACUACAGGGCUGAACAAAGUGGGGACCAAUUCCACGGCGGAGUUAGAGGCGGCCGGUGGCGGAGGAACGGGUAUUACACAUAUGCCGCCUACAAGUGUGAUGACGAGGCUGAUACUGAUAAUGGUAUGGAGAAAACUGAUAAGAAACCCAAACACUUACUCAAGUCUCAUCGGUCUCAUAUGGGCUCUUGUUGCUUACCGGUGGCAUGUGGCUAUGCCUAAAAUACUACAACAAUCUAUCUCCAUACUCUCAGAUGCUGGUCUUGGAAUGGCUAUGUUCAGCUUAGGUUUGUUCAUGGCACUUCAACCUAAAAUCAUUGCUUGUGGGAACUCAGUCGCUACGUUCGCCAUGGCCGUUAGAUUUUUAACCGGUCCAGCAAUCAUGGCUGUUGCUUCCAUCGCCAUUGGUUUACACGGCGACCUACUUCGUAUAGCCAUCGUUCAGGCUGCUUUGCCUCAAGGAAUAGUCCCGUUUGUGUUUGCUAAAGAGUACAAUGUGCAUCCCACGAUUCUCAGCACUGCGGUAAUAUUUGGAAUGUUGAUAGCCUUACCAAUAACGUUGGUCUACUAUAUUCUUCUUGGACUUUGA